AUGCUCAGACGCGCUUCGCGUCACAACACCUACAGCCUCCUCGAGUUCCUGCUCCCAAAUCCACUAUGCAGAAUACGACACCUAUCAGAAACAGCCAACGCCGUCGCACCGACUCGCAAGGUCCCGGACCUCCAAAUCCACACGAAACUUCGUGACCAGAUCAUGGGCCAGCCUCAUAGCAGACGAAUGCUCCCAGAGGCAACCAAGAAUAUGUUCAAUACUCACUUGGGUCAGGUCGACAAGGCAUUGAAGACAUGGGACCUCCCUGCUGUAUUGCAACACUGGGAGACAUUCGAGGUGUACCGGAAUUCGUUACCUGACGGAGAGGCAUGCCGCUUGCCUGUUCAAACACUGAAGGAACUCCAGAAGGUCUUUAUCCGGAGGUUUCCCCUCACUUGCAAUAGUGAACAGUGGUCCGAUGCCCUCAUGGCGAAAGCGGAGGACUUUGUCGUCCAUGCGGCCAAGCACGAUUCGGCAGAGUCCUUGUAUAUGCUCCUGCUUCACUACAUCGGACGUGGGGAUACAGAUGCUAUUCUCAAGCUAUACGACAGAUAUCUUCAAGCCAUUGGUACCGACGCGACGGAACCGCAAGAAGACAUUGGAACAAACGAGACCCUUGCCCUUCCGGACGAUGAAGAUCCUUACCUCGAUGGAUUUCGAAUGCCCGUUGUGCUUUGCGCAAUGACCGCCCACAUCAUGAACGAUUCUUUCCAAAUCGCAAUGGAGACCUUGAUGUCCUCGGGAGUGAAGAUCCAGAAAUUCCGCAAACAGGAGUUCUUGAAGCGUCUGAGGGACCCAGCACUCAGCCGGAAAGUCGAGAAAUAUAUCAACCAGGCAACCAUCGCGCGACUGGUGCAGCGACCUUCCUCACUUUCUAAACACAUUCUCAAUAUUGCGCACCCUACAACAGUAAGGUCCCUGGAACGGCUAUACAACGACGUCGUUGAAGGGAUCUCUGGGUCCGAUCCAUACCUUGCUGCAAGCGCUUCCGCGUCCUCUGGCGGGCUUGUUCCAAUGUCAGAAGUUGGAUGGACGUCUUUCCAGACGGGUUUCAUCAAGAGCGAAAGGAUUGACCUAGCCGCCCGCAUGUGGGACGAUCUGGCACGGCUUGGAGUCACUCCCGGUGUUACAAUGUGGACGGGCCUCCUGGACACCUAUGCCGACCUCCGCGACUCUACCCAAGCCAGGGAGACCUGGAAUAUGAUGUUGAGACAAGGGAUUAAACCCGACGUUCUUUCCUACCGUGCCAUCAUAGCCGUUCAUUUCGACGACAACAAGACGGAGGAUGCCCUUGCCAAGUUCGAGGAGUAUCGAGCUACCGUGGAGGGCGACGACGAACGGAGGUCAAGCGUUUACAACACGGUUCUGAGGGGUCUACUCCGCAUUAACCGGAUAGCGGACGCGGAAGCCUUACUUGUGGACAUGGAGAAGAAUGAACCUGCUCCCGACAUCGUCUCGUAUAACACCCUCCUCGGAUACCACAGUCGCCAAAUGGAUUUCAAACAACUCUCUCAGGUUGUAGCGACGAUGUCCUCGAAGAAGAUCAUGGGAGACGUCGUGACGUUCUCGACGAUCUUGUCUGCACUAUUGCUAGCAGGACGGAAGGACGCGACGGCGACGAUCUUCAAUCUCAUGCAGAAGCAAGGGAUCAAGCCCAGCGUCGCGACUUACACCUCCAUUAUCAACGACCAGAUGAAGCAGCAGACAGAAGGUAGUCUGAACGCUGCACUCUCAAUCCUUGACAAAAUGGAACAGGACUCGGGAGUGAAACCGAAUGAAGUCACGUACACCACGAUUCUGUCGGGGCUUUCUCGGGGUCGAUGGUUGUCGCGUGAACGGGCGGACCAAGUGAGGGAUGAGCUUGUGGCGAGAAUGAGGAAGCAAAGGCUCGCAUUCAAACUACCGACGUAUCACACCCUCAUCCGCUCGGCACUGGACUCACCAGACCCAAAAGGACAUUUGGACGCGCUGGGGCUCAUUCAAGAGAUGGAAGAGCAGGGGAUUCCUCGAGUGAACGCUACAUGGUAUCUGUUAUUUGCGGGGCUUAUGAGACGGGAGGAGUGGAGUGUGGCGAGGAUGAUGGUGCGGAAGAUGUCCCUGAUAAACCGUCAGCCAAAUCCCGCCGUGCUGAAGCUUGUGAGAGAUAUUAGACUACAGAAGAAUGCUUGA